UCCAUUGUUUAAUUUGUCGGUAUUUCCCUCCCCCGCCCACUUCAUCCUCUCCCUCUUCUUUCAGUUUCCCUCUUCUUUACAAAAUUCCUCAUUUCUCUUCUUCGCUGAUCUCUCCCCUUUCUCAAUCCUCAUUCCUCACAAUCCUUCCGCGCUAAAAUGGGUAAAUACAUCAACAAAUCCAACCUCACUGCCCACGUCCCACUCAUGGACGUUUUUUCAAAUCCCACCACCACCACCACCGUCCGGACCAGAGCCGCUUCCAAAUCCCUCGCAUUGCAGAAACUUCACAAAUCGUCUCUUCCAGACCCCACUUCUGACCUCUCCUUCUCUUAUCUCCAGCUUCGAACUCGCCGCCUCGAUAAAACCGAGACCUCUCUUGGGGCUUCCACCAAACACGUCUCAAAACCUAAGAAAUCUGCUCGGAAUCCUAAGCCUCCCUCCAGUUUGGAUGGUGAGACCCAGAGUUUUGGUUUUGUGUCUCAGAUUGAAGAUUUGGAAUUCCAUCUCCCCAGAAGGAGCACAAACGAAAACACAGCAGGCAGCAGAAACCCCUGUUCCCGUACACAGUACAGUAGUGACAAUGCAACUAAUAGUAUUAUUCAAAACAAUUUGCAAAUCCCAACAGCACAUGAGAUGGAAGAGUUCUUCACCUCUGCAGAGCACCAGCAACAGACAUCAUUUAUGAACAAGUACAAUUACGAUAUUGUAAACGACAAGCCUCUCGAUGGACGAUACGAAUGGGUUGAACUCGUUCUUUGAGCUUCUCGAGGAAUGCAGGUUGCUAUAGACAAGGAAGUGGUGGGAAGAGGAAAGAUUAAAAAAUUGGGACAGCCCCCAGUUGGAUUUCAAACUAUCUGUUGUGUAUAUUUGAGAGAGGUGGAGAAUUGCGGACAUGAGUUUGAAAAAAAGGGAAGUGUCCUGUGUCCAACAGAAUGAGUGAGUACAAAGGGGUAAGGGGGUCCUUGUAAAGGGACACUGCUCACUUGCUAUCUGGGGUGGGGUCCUAGGGAAGUCCAUUAUCAACUCUGUCUUUUUAACUUACCUCAUUUGCCUGUUUGGGAAAAGAGGAAUUUUUCUUCUCUUUUUGUUUUUUUCUGUUUUGUUAAAAGAAAAGUUUGAGGUGGUGUUGUGUUGAUAACAUAGGAUGCUAGUUUGGAGUUUCAGUGCUUCUUCAUUGUAUUUACCCUUUCAAGGCCAUAUCUUUCUUUCAUCAAACAUUUAGUUUUCAGUUGUAAUGUUAUCUCUCAUCUGGAUUCUCUCUAUUUAUGGGA